GCCGUGCUUCGCGGAGAUCCGCUGCUGGGGCAGGAGGCGCAGCAGCGAGCAGAAGGAGUGGGCCGCUUUCGGCCUACCUUGCGAAUCUGUUGCCCAGCUGGUGACUUACGGCUCGCUUGAGAAACUGGGGGAUACUGGCGGUCUGGAUAAAGUUGGAGAAGAGCACGUGCAGCGCUGCCUCUCGGCAGUGCAAGUUGAUUCGAUGGUUCCAGCGGGUCUGUGGGCCGACGGCGCCCCGCGCCAGUGGGGCCGCGAUCAGACUGUAGAGCUCGCGGGCCUCAAUUUGCCAGGGCUGCCGAAAACGGUGGAGGCGCGCAAGCUGCGCGUGCCCAUCGCUGGCUUGAUGAAGUUGUCCAUGAGCACGAACGCUUGGCAUGACAUGUUCAAAGUGAUUGUUGGGAGUUUUCGGCCCAUGGCUGCAGGCGAAUACCCUGCCGCCCGCCACGACGGCGCAUAUUGGUUGAAGUCUGACUUUCACAGUGCCAAGAAGGCAGUCUCACAUGUAGGCUGCAGGUCUGCGCUGGUGCAGAUGCGCGCAGAUUGGGAAUGCUGGAAACAAGUGUUCGGGUUCCCGCAGUUCAACGAGCAGGCGGGCUGCUGCUGGAGGCGGCGCAUGGCGCCGCAGCAG